AUGGAGGUAUUAUCCGUCAACGCGACGUCUCUGACUCGUUCAAAGCACUCGUCACGCGGCUCCACGCCGCGUUCGAACACGCAGUACAAGAUGGACGAGGAUUACUCGUCUGGCAAUAACAACGCACAACCACAGCACAAUCCUGUGGUCACCAAGACCAAAGCAACGCGAUGUUAUCGUCCCAAGGAGUGGAGUCCCGAAGCCGAGGAAGCCUUCCGUGUGCAACAAACGGGUUGGCGCGACAUGAAGGAGUACAUGGAGACGUACGGUGAGCCCGAACGCUGGCAGAAUGGCUUCGUGCGCUGUACCAGAGUCAAGGCCAACGGAUACUACACCUACUGGCGACCACAUCGCGAGUGCGACGACAAGUAUCUGCACACUGUUAAGCUCUUCGAGUACGCCUAA